UGGUGGUUUACAGCAAGGUUAUGAAGAGCUGGGGUGGCCAUGGGAGCCCAGUUGAGGUGCAGAGUCCACAGGCCAGGAUGGGGCUCAGCUCCAGCACCACGUAGCCCACAAGUGCUGCUUCUAUGCCAGGAAAGCUCCACGUCUUUCCUGUACUCCUCAGGAGAGCUAUAUUGAGGCCCAUUUGUGGUGAAGGGCAGGAGUACUUUUCUCCACAGCUUCUCUGUUUUCCUGCAUGCUUGUCUAUGUUGCCUUUACAGCUGCAAGUAUCAUGCUCAGUGGCUGAUUUAAGACCAAGAUCUCCUUUGUGGGCCAGGAGUAAAAUCCAUAUUUCCCUCCAAUACAGAUGACAGUCAGAAGGGGAAGGCAUAGCACAGCUGACCAAAACCCAGACCCAUCUGAGCACCAUGGGCAUCUCCCACUGCAUCAUUCAGAACCUGAGUGAGCUAAUGGAAACCAAUUCUGUAUCUUCAAGGCAAGGUGAUGAAGUUUUAGAGUUCCCCGACCAGUAACAAUGGAGAAUUGAUACCGCUCUACAGCAUCCAAAUGCCAGCGCAGCUCUACAUCUCAACUUGACCCUUAGCCUCAGGUUACAUUGCACUUCGCUUUCCCAGCUUCAGGAGCCACAAGGUGCAAAGCACACGUAGAUCCCCUCUCCGUCUCCUCACACACGACAGAAUCCCAUUGAAGGGUCACUGCAUCCCAGGAUGGCAGCUUCCAACCUGGAGAACCAGCUCCAGAGCGCCCAGAAGAAUCUGCAGUUUCUGCAGCGCGAACACGCCAGCACGCUGAAGGGCCUGCACGCCGAGAUCCGCCGCCUGCAGCAGCACUGCACAGAUUUAACCUACGAGCUGACUGUAAAGAGUUCAGACUUGUCAGGAAAUGGUAUUUCAAGAAGCGAUGAACUCAAAAGAAAGUGCGAAGAUCUUGAAGCUCAGCUGAAAGUCAAAGAAGCUGAAAAUAAUGAAUUGUUGAAAGAACUUGAACAAAAGAAUGCAAUGAUAAUGGUGCUGGAAAAUACUAUUAAAGAAAGAGAAAAGAAGUAUUUGGAAGAGUUAAAAAUGAAAAGCCAUAAGCUCAAUAUGUUGUCAAGUGAACUAGAGCAGAGAGCGAGCACUAUUGCUUAUUUAACUUCUCAACUGCACGCUACUAAGAAGAAGCUGAUGAGUUCAAGUGGGACGUCGGAGGGGACCCCUUCCGGCAGUCCUGUCUUGUCCAACUAUAAGCCGUCCCCUCCCAAAGACAAACUGCCCGAGACUCCACGGCGCAGAAUGAAGAAGAGUCUGUCAACACCGCUCAACCCCGAGUUUGAAGAAGCCUACAGAAUAGGGUCGGAGAGCAGGAAGCUGCUGUUGAGAGAGCCCGUGGAUGCCAUGCCCGACCCCACGCCCUUCCUGUUGGCCAGGGAAACGGCCGAGGUGCAUCUUAUUAAGGAGAGGCCGUUAGUUAUUCCACCCAUCGCUUCAGAUCGCGCGCCCGGUGAAUCACACAGCCCAGCCCGAGAGAAGCCGCACAAGGCACACAUUGGGGUGGCCCAUCGUAUCCACCACGUCGCGCCAUCCCAGCCACAGCCGGAGGUCGAGACGCUGGCAGUGGAUCAGGUCCAUGGCAGCAAGGUGGUCAGAAAGCACUCAGGGACAGAUAGAACUGUUUGAGUAAAAUCACUAAAAUGCUCUACUCUGUUGCUGUUGAUGCACUGUGAUCCUGUAGGAUAAAUAGCACCUGCAGUAAAGUUUCUUUUGAUGCCCCAUGCAUGCCAAACUUCUUCCAGAUACAUCAUUAAUAGAUUACGCUCCUCUAAUGAAACCUAAUAACGACUGUUCAUAUGGCAAGGUAUGUAACUAUCCAUGCUGUGGCCAAAUCAGGGGUACCUGACCGCUUGCUUCCGAGCACUGCUCCAUGUAUUGUAACUACACGCGUGGACAAAGGCACGGGCUGCAGGCUGCGUUGUUAAUCAAUACGAGUGAAACAAACUUAACUAGAAACCUGCAGCAACAUGUAUUGGCUGUCAACAGUUGAACUGUCAGUGGUUCUUUUGUCUUCACUGUGUAUGCGAGCACUUCAGACACAAACCCGACCCUCCACAACAAAGCCUGUCUCACAGUAGCAAUGAAAAUAAGGCAGUUGUAAGGACAUUGGAAAAAAAUCUAAGGAUAUCUUUUCCUGCACAUGCACGUGCUCUCAGUCGCAAAUUGUCUUUGUAAUUUCUCAGAAUCCUGACAGUCUCAGCAAGCAUUACUUACAUCUAAAUACUUUUGUUUGUGGCUUUAAGUAAAAAGGCAUUUGGGGGAGGGCUAAAGCGCUCUUUAAAAGAGCUAAUGAUCCUCGGAGAAACAGUAUGAACACUGGCUUGUUUGCAUUGGUUGUUUUGUUUUGUGGUGGUUUGGGGUUUUUUGGUUGUGUGUUUUUUGUUGGUUUUGUUUGGUUUUCUCCUUUUAAAUUGACUGACUCUAUUACACAUUUUACACUGGUCAGUACACUGCUCUUGUAGCACCUUCCAUACUGGCUCGGAGCUCUCUUUCCAGGGAGAAAACGUAACUGGCUGUCCAAUAUGGAAACGGUUCUUCAUGCUCUAACCUGCACUUUUUUUUUGUAAAGAGAUUAUUUUUGUCUCCUGAAAACCUUAGUCUUGUUCUGGGCAUCCUCAGUGCUGGCUUCUGCCAGCUUUGGAAACCUGAGCUGUUCCUCUAAGAUGUGUGUCUUUAGUUUUAAAUUUACCUAAUGUAACCAGUGUGAACAGGAGGAGAACCUGGCAUCCUUGAUUUUUGUCCUUGUGGACUGGAUGGUCUUGCCUUGCACUUGCCCUGGUUCCCUACUCCUUUGCAGUAAGCGACAGGUAGACCCUACAUCUUUUAGACUACUUGAGUAUUUUUUUAUUAUUAUUUUUUUUCCUAGGAAAGAAAGGCAUACUGAGAGCUGUGAGAGUUUAUCAUUUGGGGAAAGGAGCACAAAUUUGACCAUUUUUCUUAGAUUCUGAUCAGUACCUCCAGCUCACCUCUGCUUCACUCUUGUCUGCAGCCUCUGAGUAGGACCAGCAAGAACCAAUGGCUCCCAAAUGCUGCUAAGCUUAUGAUGUGCCUUCAAAACCUCAGAACGUGUAAUCCCUGUGCGAGCUGGUGAGGGGUCCCCGCCUGCCCUCGCUCCUUCCCCGCCAGCUGUACUCUGCCCCUCCUGAGCUUUCCCUGUUCUCCCCACCCGUGGUCCUGCUGAAUGUCCUGUGCAGCAUGACAGCUUAUACAGCGGGGUUGUUCCCCUGUGGGGAGGGUUUGACUGUCCACUGCCCCUGUGCGCCCGCGCGACUUGCUCACCUGCUGUUCUGAAGCCCAAGGACGACUCCUCGGUGUUACGCCUGGCCGGCUGCACGGUAGGAUUUAUCUCAUGACUGGUGGGGAGGGAGGGGGAAAAGCUGCAUUCCUGGAAAACAGCUGGUUAAGGAGAGUUUGUUAUUCUGUGGUUUUUAAGUGUUUUGCAUUAACCAGCAGUGGCUUUGGUUUUUUUUGUGGGUGUUGCCAUAUUUUUAUGGUGAUGUGUUGUAUGACUGAUCUACCCUGCCACUUGUUCAAGGAUGAUGGAAGGCACCGCUUCUAAACACGGCAGAAGUGAUGCUUUGGGCAAUUAAAAACGUUUCUUACAACAA